CUGCGCCUCGCCGCCGGGCUCGCGCCUGCCGCAGACCUGCCGCCGCCGCCGCGCUCGGAGCCGGCCUGGUGCGGGCAAUGGCCCCGCUGCUGGGCGUCGCGCUGCUGUGCUGCCUGCCCCUCGCGGCGGCCGGGGAGCUGGACGGGAGGUGGCGUAGGCAAAUAGUUUCCUCAACAGGAUUGUGUCGGUUUGGAAGUAGGAUUGACUGUUGCUGGGGCUGGGCCCGUCAUUCGUGGGGGCAGUGCCAACCUUUCUACGUCUUAAGGCAGAGAAUAGCCAGGCUGAGGUGCCAGCUCAAAGCCAUAUGCCAGCCUAGAUGCAAACAUGGUGAAUGUGUUGGACCAAACAAAUGCAAGUGUCACCCAGGAUACACUGGAAAAACCUGCAACCAAGAUCUUAAUGAGUGUGGACUAAAGCCUCGGCCAUGCAAACACCGAUGCAUGAACACCUACGGCAGCUACAAGUGCUAUUGUCUGAAUGGAUACAUGCUCAUGCCGGAUGGAACGUGUUCUAAUGCCCUUUCUUGUUCUAUGGCUAACUGUCAGUAUGGCUGUGAUGUAGUGAAAGGAGAGGUCCGCUGCCGGUGUCCUUCUCCAGGGUUGCAGCUAGGGCCUGAUGGCAGGACCUGUGUAGAUGUUGAUGAGUGUGCUACUGGGAGAGUUAUCUGUCCCAGAUUUAGGAAAUGUGUUAACACUUUUGGGAGCUACAUUUGCAAGUGCCAUAAAGGCUUUGAUUUAAUGUACAUUGGAGGCAAAUAUCAAUGCCAUGAUAUAGAUGAAUGCUCAGUUGGCCAAUAUCAGUGUGGUGGUUUUUCCCAUUGUUACAAUACACAGGGAUCCUACAAGUGUAAAUGUAAAGAAGGCUACAGAGGUGAUGGAACAAACUGCAUACUUAUUCCUAAAGUUAUGAUUGAACCAUCAAGUCCAUAUAACAUAUUCAAAGGCAACAGUACACGUCUUAAGGGCAGCAGUGGUAUGACCAAUAGGGUUCCUGAUAAUGGAAGCACAAGACAGCCACUUAGACCACCACAUAUACCUGCUGUUAUUACAGCAAGGCCUGCACCCAAGCCAACAGUAAGACCUACGCCCAAGCCAACUACGCGGCCUGCACCCAAACCAACUAGCAGAUUUGCACCAAAGCAGGUUACAACAAGACCAGUAUUGAAACCAGCAACAAGGCCUCCACCACCUCCACAACCAGCAACAUCAGUGAGUACACCACCACCAGAAAGAAUGCCAGGGUUAACAACGGAAGACCCUUCCCUUGUGCUUGCGGAAGGUACCUCUCCCCCUGGAAUUACAGUUGACAACAGGAUACAAAUAGAUCCGCAGAAACCAAGAGGGGAUGUUUUUAUUCCCCGCCAGCCAGGAGUGAGCAAUAAUCUAUUUGAAAUAUUUGAAAUUGAAAAAGGGAUUAGUGCAGAUGAGUAUGAAGCAAAUGAUGAUCCAGGUAUCCUGGUGCACAGCUGUAACUUUGAUAGUGGUCUCUGUGGCUGGAUCAAGGAUAAAGAUGAUGAUUUACAUUGGGAACCAGUUGCCAAUCCAUCAGGUGGACGGUAUCUUACAGUCUCUGAAUCCAAGGACAAAGAGGGAAGAGUAGCACGUCUGGUCCUGUCUCUUGGCCAGUUGGCUCAUUCAGGGGACUUGUGUCUGUCCUUUAGACACAAGGUAUCUGGACUACAUCCUGGUGCACUCCAAGUAUUUGUGAGAAAAAAUGGUACUCACGGACCAGCAGUCUGGGGAAGAAAUGGUGGCCAUGGUUGGAGACAAACACACUUAACUUUACAUGGCUCAGGCCUCAAGAGCGUUAUUUUCAAAGGCGAAAAAGGAAAAGGGAGAACUGGUGACAUUGGACUGGAUGAUGUGAGCUUAAAGAAAGGCCACUGCUCUGAAAGACAUUAGCAAUGCAAGUCGACUGGCAAAGAACAUCUGUUAAUCUCCCCUUUCCCCUUAAUCCUACUCCCAUCAAGUGUGUAACCCCCCUCCCCCGAUCCUUUGGGCAAAAAGGAGAAAUAUUUAAAGAGUGACCACUUCUUGUUUGCUUAUUUUGUGCAAUCCUAGUGAACUUCCACUUAUACAAUGUCUAAGGACACAAACUCCAAGCCAGUAUUGGAUGCUACCGUUAACUUGUUCCUGAUCAUUCCAUGCCUACAGGAUGAUCAUAUUGAAAGUCUUCUCCCCACACUUCUUAUACCCCAUUAAAAGGGGCAAAUUGUAGCUAAAGGGUGUAUUUACACGAGACACAUACUGCGUAUUGGCCUAAUAAUGCUGAAGUAGCGUGUCAUGACAAAAACUGUGCUAAUAGUCUACUGUGCAGUUAUUAUUAGGCUAAUGCACAGUAAGUGUAACUAAAUAACCAUGCGCUGGUGCUACUGCACAGUAACUUUAGGUAUUACACAUUUAGUUUAGUACUUUAUUGAAGAAGUACUAAACUAAAUGCACAGUAAUGAAUGUGUAGACGUGCCCAAAUACUACUAAAAGAUAUCACCAGCUCAGACAACAAUGGUAAUAGCUGCCAUUCUGUAUUUCCCCAUAGUGCUGCUAUUUCAGCAAUAUACAAUUAAAUUGAUUUGACUUCAUAAUUUGAAUCUAACUGAGGCCUGGAUACGAACUUUGGCUAUUUUACUGCCAUUGGUUUUUAAAGAAGGGUUUGUUACAUAUCAAGUAUCAUUUAUUCUGAUACUGUAUCCAUAUUAACAAUAGGUAGUUUACAUAGAGUAGACACUACAUCUCCUUAAUAUUGCUACUGCUGUUUUGUGUAAAUGUAUAUGGUUAACGUAUUUAUGUUUUUAAUAUUUAGAUUCUAGUUGUGAGGUAAACGGCAGCUGUGCUCUCAGCCUAAACUACAGUAUAUGUGAGCACAACGUGUUUUUUGACCCUCUGUGUGUGUCCAUUGAUAAAUCAAUAGUGAUUUGAUGAUUUCCAGACAGUAUCUUUUUCUCUAAAUAAUAGUGCAAUUUUUUAUAUUAUAAGAUAACUGCAAGCAAGAGACUAGAUCCUCAGCUGAUGUGAGUUGGUAACUCAGUAAGUUUCAGUAGUAUUACACAAAUGUAUAUUAGCUGAUGAGCCGAGCCAAGAAAGUCCAGUUCUGUCAGGUCUAGCUCACUGUCAAUUCUCAAUGAUCUCCCUGGGAAUUGAAGUGCUGAUUUUGAAUUUGUCAAAAAUCAGUAGGAUGGGCCAAAGCUUGUGCUGAUAGUAGCAGCCAUUGUCAUUGACUAGAAUGAUUGUCAGGUGUUGAGGUCCCCUCUAACCUUAUGAUUCCCUGAUCUAGACAACAUAAGCAACUCAGUGAGUUGCCUGCUUUAAUAUUGCACUAAGAAGAAUGAACAAAUGAAUUCAGAACGUUGAGUCUUGCAUCUGUACAAAGUCCUUGCCAGACUGCUUAGAAAAUAAAUUACAAAAUACAUCAUUUUGAAAGCUGAAACUGGUAUUUGUCAGAAUAUUGGACGUUCUUUGGUUAUCCAUUGUGCAUACGAUAAAUUAAUAACUGUGGCAAAUUUCUCUGUUUGGUUUGGGUUACCUUUUUGUAAAGGAAAGCUUUAAUAAUCAGUGCUAUCAUCAACAUUUUUACAUUUGAUAAAAUGUGUCACCUUUGUAUUUAAGAAAGUUAGAAAAAAAGUUUUAAUACAAUAUUGUUAUAAUGACACAGCCUUAAGAUUUCAAAAGGGUACAGAUAGAAAAAAGUAGGCCUUAUGAUUUUUUUAAAAUACUUAAUUGUAAAUGAAACGUUAGCCCAAUGUAUUAUUGUAUUACCUUGUAAAAGUUACUUCUGGUCUUACCCAAACCUGUGUCCAGUUUUGCACACUUUGUCCAUAAAGAUGAGAUAAUGAAGGCUGUUUCAAACUUAUAUUUUUACUUGAUACUUACCUUGAAAUAGUUGCUACAGAUCUGAUUGGAAAUCUUUCACUGGAACAAUUUUUCCAUCUGGGAAAUAAAAAGACAGUUUUGUCUAGCAGAAUUUAUUACACUGUUAAGAUAUCAAUCAAAAUACCUGUAGGACAACCAUUUGGAAAUGCAAAAUUCAUUUAGAAAAAAAUCUUUUUUUAGACUAUUCUAAAGUUAAGAGGCAAUCAAAUUUGAAACAAAUUUCAAAAUGUAAAAAAAUGGGUUUUUACAUUAUUUUGUGGCAUAUCAGUAAUAGAUACUGGCGUAUAAUUGUAACAGUCUAAUAUUUUCUAAAAUUAUUAAAGGCAGCUGCUGCUUAGUAUUAAUUGGAACAUCUUUUUUAGAUCAUUUAAUUACAAAGAGAACAGUUUUGAUUGGAACUUAUCUUUUCUAGAUCAAAAUAAGUAGUAGUUGUCUUCAAUAGUUAACAGUCUAUUUUUUAUUUCAAUUUUCUACAAUGAAUGUUUCUUUUGAAUUUGUUUUAUAGUAAGCUUUAAUUUAAGAAGUGUUUGUUCUGAUUCAAAAUGUCAAAAAAAAAUUAAAAUUCCCUGUGAAAUGAAAACUCCCAAGUUUUGAUUAUCCAUAGUAUAAUAUCCACUAAACACAACCACUAUGUUCUCAGACCCAGCAGUAACCUAACAGAAUUAAUACACAUAUUGGUGUCUUAUCUAUGUAAAAUGGAUUGAAGUAUGUUUAAAUUAUUUUCUUAAAUCAUGCUACAUACCUUUGGGAGUCAGGUAUCAAUCAUACUUACAACAGGAUUUUCUCUAGCAUACACAAGAAAGGCCAAACAGGUUUUAACUGUUUUAUAACAGGGUCUGGAACAUACCAUUUGUAUAAAUCUACCAUAAAUGGUAGAUAUAGGUCAGAUAUAGGGCUUUCUCCUGCCCCCUGGUUAUUCUGACUUAUCAACAUGCAUACAUGAAUUAGGAGGGUUUAGGAUUUCUGCAUUUUAUGACUGAUUUCAUGUGGUCCUUUUAUCAGGAGUACCUUAUGCAAUAAUGCUAUUUAGUGGGCACUUGAAUUUCUUGUCACUGUUUGAAUAGGGUAAUGAAUUCUGGCUAUAUGAUGUGAUUUUUUGAAUUAAUAGGAAGAUAGUAAUUACUAUUGAGCAGCUACAUUUUCAUUUGCAUUUUAUUGGUGGAAAGUGUGUAAUAACAGCAUGGCUCAAGACCAGCCCUUGUCCAAGAAUGCCCUGUGUAGGUCAAGUCUCAAGUUACUCAUUUCUAAAAAGGAGACUGCCUUGAUAGAAUAUAUCCAUCACUACCUACCCUCUAACAAAAAUAAUAGCUCACUCAAAUUUAUCAACUUUAUUUCAAUCCUACUCCUGUUUUUGGAGACAAGGCAACAUUUAGCUUCUUUUGUUGGAGCAUCUUCUCUUUUGAGUUUCUUCAUCCUUUAUAGGCCUUAACCAUGUAGGGAAUUCUUCAUUGGUAGAACCCUGUGCUGCCUCACUAAAGCAAUGGGGCUAAACAAAGACAAUACAGGCCCUCUUUUCCAUAGCUCAUUGCAUGAUCAGUGAUAAAGCUGCCAGUUUCUACAGUAUGUACCUUAUUAGCUACAUUCUUAGUAAUUUAUUCGUGCAUAACACAUGCCUGGAAAGCUACAUAAGAAUAUGGCCUCAAAAAAAUCAGCAUAAAAACAGUUUAAGUAUCUCUUUCUGUUACUGUUCAGUAACUGCAUAGCUGGGUCUAAAACAACAAACCAAACUCCUGCUAAAAAAAUACUAUAUUUAGUACCAGAAGAUGCUGCACUAAAUUCUUAUGGAAACAGUUAUUGAAUGUACUGUAUAACAUCUACUGGCAUUCAUGUUUUUAAAUAGAAAUGUUAACAUUUUUACCCCAAAGUGACUGAAAAUAAAGAAUAUCUUUGUAAAUGA